CUUAAUUCGUAGCAUAAUAUCCUUAGUACAUUAGAAGCAAUGGCAUCGGGUGUAAGUUCGGAACCUUUAGUCGUAAUAAUACCAGUGGACGGGAGUACGCACUCGGAACACGCCUUUGAUUGGUAUAAUACCUACCUACACAAGAGUGGAAACAAGGUCGUAAUACUUCAUGUUUAUGAUGCUAAGAUACCGACAUCACAGUCUCACUUGGAAACGCUCAAUGGCAUAAUAGCGCAAGAUCAGACUCACGUGAAGGUUAUAACAGACAAAUAUAAAAAGAAAAUGAAAGACGCCAAGAAAUCAGGGGAAGUAAAUUCUGUGAAGGGUUCCCCAGGAGAGGUGAUCAUCAAACAAGCAAAGGAGAAAAAUGCAUCCAUGAUCGUUAUGUCAUCACGUGGUAUGGGAUCACUACGUCGCACCAUAUUAGGAAGUGUUAGUGACUACGUCAUUCACCAUAGUGACGUGCCAGUUAUGGUUGUUCCCAAAAAAUGAAAUGAAAAUAAAGUUAAUCGACGUUGACGAACAAAACAAGACUACAGGAGCAAGACAUUUGAUCGAAUGAUUUAUACAAAAACAUCUAGUUUUAUUAAAUUCUAAAUCAUUUAGUCCUGCUACUUUAAGAUAGAUGAUAGAUGCUACAUUAAACAAAAAGUAUUACAUUAUUUACGUUUAGCGUUCAGACGCCACAUGUAACGAUUAUCAACAAAAUUAUGAUUUAAUAUCCUUUUAUAGUAUGGCCAUAAAUCGUUUUUUACAAGGUUCAUUUAACCAUUUCCGAAUUAUUUUGCAAAUCGAUUUCUACGAGAGUUGUCAAUGCUACCUAAGCAAGUUUUAUUUAAACUUAUAAUUUUCGAUUAAGCUGUAUGAAGAAUGACUCGCGAUCGCAGUAUUCCAUUUUAAAUAAUCGUAUUUUACUAGCUCAUCCAUAUUUAUCCCAUCGAACGAACGAAGUUCGAGGGGGAUUUAGGAAAGCCGUCCGUGCGUCCGUCUGUCCGUCCGUCCUUUCUGACUUUGCUGAUUAAGCAAUUUUCAA